ACCAAAAGAGCAGCGACGAGUAUUAUGAAAUCCUCAAGAAUGAUGGGGCGAGUGCAUUGCAUGGUUUAUGUCGUGGUCUUGAGUGCCAUCGCGGCUACAGUCACAUCAUAUCCUUACUCCUCCCCUAAAACCCCGCAAUACAAUUCACCGGUCCACAAACCAUCUCAUUCACCUAAAAAGUAUACCCCAUACAAUUCGGCAUCACCACCAUCUCCACAACAAUACAAAACACAAGCCCCUAAGUAUACGCCACAUCCAAAACCAUAUGUUUACACCUCUCCACCACCACCACCUUAUUACUCUCUUUCUCCAAAGGUAGACUACAAGUCUUCACCACCACCAUACGUCUACAGCUCCCCACCACCACCGUACUAUUCUCCUUCUCCAAAGGUGAACUACAAGUCACCACUACCGCCAUACGUCUACAGCUCCCCACCACCACCUUAUUACUCUCCUUCUCCAAAGGUGAACUACAAGUCUCCACCACCGCCAUAUGUCUACAGCUCCCUACCACCACCAUAUUACUCUCCUUCUCCAAAGGUAGACUACAAGUCUCCACCACCGCCAUAUGUCUACAGCUCCCCACCACCACCAUACUACUCUCCUUCUCCUAAGGUAGACUACAAGUCUCUACCACCUCCAUACGUCUACAGCUCCCCACCACCACCAUACUACUCUCCUUCUCCUAAGGUAGACUACAAGUCUCCACCACCUCCAUACGUCUACAGUUCCCCACCACCACCUUAUUAUUCUCCUUCUCCAAAGGUAGACUACAAGUCUCCACCACCGCCAUACGUCUACAGCUCCCCACCACCACCAUAUUACUCUCCUUCUCCAAAUGUAGACUACAACUCUCCACCACCGUCAUACGUCUACAGCUCCCCACUACCACCAUAUUACUCUCCUUCUCCAAAUGUAGACUACAAGUCUCCACCACCGUCAUACGUCUACAGCUCCCCACCACCACCAUAUUACUCUCCUUCUCCUAAGGUAGACUACAAGUCUCCACCACCGCCGUACGUCUACAGCUCCCCACGACCACCAUAUUACUCUCCUUCUCCUAAGGUAGACUACAAGUCUCCACCACCGCCAUACGUCUACAGUUCUCCACCACCACCAUACUACUCUCCUUCUCCAAAGGUAGACUACAAGUCUCCACCACCGCCAUACGUCUACAGCUCCCCACCACCACCUUAUUACUCUCCUUCUCCAAAGGUAGACUACAAUUCUCCACCAUCGCCAUACGUCUACAGCUCCCCACCUCCACCAUACUACUCUCCUUCUCCAAAGGUGAACUACAAGUCUCCACCACCGCCAUACGUCUACAGCUCGCCACCACCACCAUACUACUUUCCUUCUCCAAAGGUGAAUUACAAGUCUCCACCACCACCAUAUUACUCUCCUUCUCCAAAGGUGAACUACAAGUCUCCACCACCGCCAUACGUCUACAGCUCGCCACCACCACCAUACUACUUUCCUUCUCCAAAGGUGAAUUACAAGUCUCCACCACCACCAUAUUACUCUCCUUCUCCAAAGGUAGACUACAAGUCUCCACCACCUCUACCGUAUUAUUCUCCUUCUCCGAAAGCCAGCUACAAGUCUCCACCACCACCAUAUGUAUCCAAGACACCCUAUUAUUGAUUUUUAAUUGUUUCAUAACCAACAAGCGUGGUUGCAAUAAUUUCUUUCUAUGAUUUUGUCCCUUGAUUUUUUUUUCAUAAUUUCUUUCCAUUUUUUUUGUCAUGCCUUUAUCUAACUAAUAAAAUUUGGCUAUUUUUAAAUGAAAUUGUUUUUAAGAUU